AAAAAAAAAAUCGAAUAAGCAGUUAAAAUCGUCGUCCUCUCGCGCUCUUACCAGGGAAUAGAAAGAGCGCUUGAACUCGCUCCUUUUUCGCCGAUCGGAGUUCUUGAGGGCGACGUCACCACUCUUCUUUCGUUCCAGAAGCAGUGCGAGAGCAAAUUUGAACUUGCAUUUCGCAAGGGAUUUAGGUUCCUUACCGGAAGAUGCUAAUGGUGGAAAUUUAGAAAUUUUUGUGACAAUUGAGGCUGUGCAUUUGUACCAUGCGCUCGUUUUGGUUGAACUCGGGGUCGUCGUCGGAUCAGAGUAAUGGAGGCAACGACCGUGCUGAACUGUACCUUAAUGUCUAUGACCUCACUCCUGUAAACAAUUACCUCUACUGGUUCGGGCUUGGAAUCUUCCACUCAGGAAUAGAACUACAUGGGUUGGAGUAUGGAUUUGGAGCUCACGAGUACCCAACAAGUGGAAUAUUUGAAGUGGAACCAAGAAGCUGCCCUGGUUUUAUUUAUAGACGGUCAGUGCUAUUGGGCACAACUGAAAUGUCCCGUUCAGACUUCCGUCUGUUCAUGGAGCACCUGUCUGGAAACUAUCAUGGGGAUACUUAUCAUUUGAUUGCUAAGAACUGCAACCAUUUUACCGAUGAUGUUUGCAUGCGUCUCACUGGAAAACGCAUUCCUGGUUGGGUGAAUCGUCUUGCCAGAUUAGGUUCAUUUUGCAACUGUCUGCUACCAGAAAGUAUUCAGGUAACAGCAGUUAGGCACCUACCUGAUCAUCACGUAUGUUCUGAUAUUGAGUCAGAAUCUGUUGCAUCAUCACCAUCAGCAGGGAGUGAAGAGGAAGCAGACCAUCAUUUACUAACAAUGCCAAAUGGUGAUGUGGCAUUUCUAAGGGAAAAACCAGUUAGGCUUGCACAGGAGGUCCUGUGAUUCUUUUAGUACUUCAAUCUUGUAUCUGUUGUUUGUACCAGUAACUAUUUAUCUGAAUUGUAUCAAUUGGCACUUAAUUUUCUUGGUUCUGAUUGGGUGGCCUGAGGCUCAGAUCUCUGUUGCUGGACGCUGAUGUGAUGGAUCGAGGUCCUAAUAUUUUGCCCUACCCUAAAUUUGUUUCUCUGUACAUUCAUACUUUUGUUUCCCAAAUUCUACUGCGCAAGUUGUAAUUUGUGCCAUAUGGAACGUAGAUUUAAUGAAAUUAAUGUGUACAGCUCUUCUUUUACCGUACUAAAUAUAGUGCUUUUGGGUUGAAGAGA